AUGACGUCGAACAACCAUGGUACCAACUCUGUGCAGAAUGAGGACUCGAAAAAACGAGACUUUUUGGAUAUGAAAACCCUUUUCGUCCGCUCGAUUCCGUUCGAUGCGUCAGAUGAAGAGUUGGCGACAUUUUUCGCAGAUUUGGCUCCGAUUAAGCAUGCUGUGAUUGUUAAGGAUGAGCAGAAGAACUCCAGGGGUUUUGGGUUCGUUAGUUUCGCUGUUGAAGACGAUACAAAAGAAGCGCUAGAGAAAGCGAGGAAGACCAAGUUCAAGGGCAGACUGCUUAGAGUGGAUGUUGCCAAGAGAAGAGAUAGAGCUGGUAAUAACAGACAGGAGACGGAUCAAAAUGCACGUAGCCCCGAGGCCAGAGAACAGGAAUUGUUGGGAGGAAAACCAAAGCUUAUCAUCAGAAACAUGCCCUGGAGCGUGCGUAAUCCAGACCAACUCAAGAAGGUGUUUGCGAGAUUUGGAACUGUGGUGGAGGCCAAAAUUCCCAAAAAACCAGACGGAAAGCUGUGUGGGUUUGCAUUCGUGACCAUGAAGAAAUUGGCAGCGUGUAAAAAGGCAAUCGAGGAGUCUAAAGAUUUAAAAAUUGACGGAAGGCAGGUUGCGGUUGAUUUUGCAGUUCAGAAGAGCAAAUGGGAACAGCACAACCAGACAGCACCAGUGGCACCAACUGUUGAACAGGAGGGCUCUUCAAGUGAAGAAGAAAGCGAAGAAGACGUGGACGACCAAGACGAGGCUUCUGAAGAAAGUGAGAGUGACGCGGAAAAUGAAGAAAGCGACGCAGAGGGUGAUGCGAGCUUGGAGGAGGAAGAUGAGAUGGAGCGUCCCAAGAAAAACAAACAAGAACAAUGGUCCAUUUUCGUUCGUAAUGUUCCCUACGAUGCUACGCAAGAAUCCUUGGAAGAGCACUUUAGUAAGUUUGGUCCCGUCAAAUACGCGCUUCCUGUUAUAGACAAAGAGACUGGUCUCGCUAAGGGAUCGGCUUUUGUAGCCUUCAAGCAGCAAGACACUUUUGAGGACUGUGUUAAGAAUGCACCAGCGUCUGGUACUACUUCUUUACUGAUUAGUGACGAUGUUCCUUACAAGUACGUUUACGAAGGUCGGAUUUUGUCCGUUACUCCCUCGCUUGAUAGAGAAUCUGCUGGAAGGAAUGCGGAGCAUAAUGCCUCGUUGCGUAAAGAAACUUUUGGCAAGGCUCCCACUGCGAAGGACAAACGUAAUCUGUACCUGCUGAACGAAGGUAGAAUCACAGAGGGCUCGAAGCUUGCAGAACUUUUGAGUGCUAAGGAUAUGGAAAUCAGAGACGCAUCUUACAAGCUGAGAGUGGAACAGCUCAAGAAAAAUCCGAGCUUGCAUCUCUCUCUGACCAGAUUGGCCGUCAGAAAUCUCCCAAGGGCGAUGACGGAUAAGGCUCUGAAGGCUCUUGCGCGUAAGGCUAUUGUUGAGUUUGCUACAGAAGUCAAUUUGAAGAAAAGACAUCCGCUCAGCAAGGAAGAAAUUCAAAGGUCCACCAAGGAAAAGUACAAGUUUAUGACUGAGGAAGAGAUAGCAUCGAGGAAGAAGAAAGACAAAAAGCAAGGUGUUGUGAGACAAGCAAAAGUAAUCAUGGAAGUCAAGGGCUCCUCCAGUGGUAGAAGUCGUGGUUAUGGUUUUGUUGAGUUCAGAGAUCACAAAGCCGCUCUCAUGGGACUGAGAUGGCUCAAUGCACAUGAAGUCAAAAGAGCAGAACUUCUCGAAGGCCUUACCGAUGAAGAGAAGAAGGAAGUGGAUGUCGAAGGUCUUUCACGUCGUCGGUUGUGUGUCGAGUUCGCAAUUGAAAACGCUAAUGUCGUGAAGAGAAGAAAAGAGGCUCAACAAGGUGGCAGAGAGUCCGCCAAGAGAAAGCGCGAGCAACCCGCAACUGAGGACGCUAAGGAGAACGAUGCCCCUCGUACUAAAUCCAGAAAGACUGAUGACAAAAAAUCUGAAAAGAAAACCAAGAGCCAGUCUGAUAAAUCAGGCGUUGACGAGAACAUCAAGAGAUUGAUUGGCUUCAAACGUAAGAGAAAGCAGAGCAGAAAAUAA